UGCCGCGUCUCUGCCCACUGAACAGCCAUGAGAAGGCAGCUCCGGUCCAGAAGGGCUCCGGCCUUUCCAUACGGUUAUCGCUACAGACUUGAUGAUCAGGAUGAAGUGAAUCAGAACUACUUAGCAGAUGAAGAGGAAGAAGCAGAAGAAGAGGCUCGGGUGAUGGUGGUACCUGAUUUGGAGGAGGAGGAGGAGGAAGAAGAGGAGGGGAAAGAAGAAGAGGAAAAGGAAGAGGAAGAGAGUCAGGCUCAGGAAACAGGCAGUGCCUGGUGGCGGAAAUGGCAGAUCGUGAACGAAUACCUGUCGGAUCCGGAGAAAAGGAUGUCUCUGGCCCGAACAGGUCAGAGUUGGAGCCUGAUCUUAGUCAUUUACUUCUUCUUCUAUGCUUCCCUGGCCGCUGUGAUCACCCUCUGCAUGUACACGCUAUUUCUGACCAUCAGUCCUUACAUGCCGACCUUCACUGAGAGGGUGAAGCCUCCUGGAGUUAUGAUCAGACCCUUCGCCCAUAGCCUUAACUUCAACUUCAACGUUUCUGAACCUGACACUUGGCAGCAUUAUGUGAUUAGUCUAAAUGGCUUUCUCCAGGGUUAUAACGACAGUCUUCAAGAGGAAAUGAACGUAGAUUGCCCCCCGGGCCAAUACUUCAUCCAAGAUGGUGAUGAGGAUGAGGACAAGAAGGCCUGCCAAUUUAAGCGCUCCUUCCUGAAGAACUGCUCUGGCCUGGAGGACCCUACUUUUGGCUACUCUACUGGACAGCCCUGCAUCCUUCUAAAGAUGAACCGGAUUGUUGGCUUUCGUCCUGAGCCUGGAGACCCUGUGAAGGUUUCCUGCAAAGUUCAGAGAGGUGAUGAAAACGACAUCCGAUCCAUCAAUUACUACCCAGAGUCGGCUUCUUUUGACCUCCGUUACUACCCUUACUAUGGCAAACUGACUCACGUUAACUACACCUCCCCGCUGGUGGCAAUGCACUUUACAGAUGUAGUGAAGAACCAAGCGGUGCCUGUGCAGUGCCAACUGAAGGGCAAAGGCAUCAUAAAUGAUGUCAUCAAUGAUCGUUUUGUGGGUAGGGUAAUCUUUACUCUGAACAUAGAAACCUAAGAACUUCAGGGGGCCACUCCCACCAGUUCUGUUUCUGUUUUAUUUCAUGUUACCCUGGUAGCACCUGAAUUCUUUUUCUUCAAUUGGGAGACAGCCAA